UGUUGCUCUCGCUCUCUCUGCAUGACAGCUUUGCCGCAAGACUCUCAAGAGACUCUUCGGCGGGUUUUACCCACCAUUCGAUCCAAAGCCCCACACGCCGCCCUUCUACGCCUUUGCGCGUAUCAGUGGCGUGUUGUGCGCAACGGCGAAACCCGACGGUGCGUAACGCCUCCGACCAAAAGCCCUGCCGUGUGUGUGUGUGUGUGUUUGCCUGCUUGUACCAGUCUCGCUGCGGCUGCCCGUCUGCCUGCUCGGCCAUAGCUUAGUGAGCGGCGCUACUGGCCGGACGUGUUUUGCGCGAACCCCAAUCUUUGAGGGCGCUUUGAGAGCUUUUGUCUGCGCGCGUGACACUGAUUAGCUUUGCGCCGCCGUGCGCAAGGGAAGCAACGCAACAGGUGUUCCGGUGUUCAUCGGAUCUGCGUCAUCUUUUUGCGGAGAUCUCCAACGUCUAGACGUGCGUAUGUUUUGCGUAAGUUUGAACUUGUGUGCGUAUGUUUGCGUAUGUGUGUGUGUGACUGUGUGUUCUGCUGUGAUAUAGUGCGAUUUGCCCUUGCCGAUCACGUUUCGAAGGAAUUUGGGUCAAAUGAAUUUGUUUCUCCUCUCCUUUGCUGUGCACACUCUCCGUUGUCAGAUCUAAGUAGCAGCAGCAGCAGCAGCAGCAGCAUGUGUUGGUGAUUAAUUACGCCUACCACCUUGCGACGAUCAGGUUAUUUCAAGUUCAUGCAUACAUUGGUUCACCGCCAAUUGUCCCUUGCUUUUGCUUCACAUCGGCUGCAUUAACGUCAGGACGAAACGACCCCCCCCACCAAUCAAUAUAGUUUUGUGUGUAUUUUGUGAAAUCCUUGGAAAUCUCGCUCACUUUGCGCUGUGCCGUGCAAGACGCCAAAUGCGGUGUCACACUCACGUGUGAGAGACGAUUCCUCCUUUCCCGGUAGACGACUACGACGACGACUUAGCAAAAGUACGAUGUCUCUGCACGAAUGGUAUCGCAGGCGGGAGCGGGGACUGCCGGCACGCAUCGGCGACACCGACAUGAUCUACCGCACCAUCUUCCGGUCGCUGCAGCCGAGGGCACUGUCGGCCGAGCUGUCGCACCCGUACCGGUGCGGGCAGGACAGUGGGGCCAUCUGCAAUCUGGAGUUUUCGCCCGAUGGGACGCUGCUGGCAGCUGCCUGUGAAUAUAAAUCGAUCGUGCUGUUCGAUCCGCUCGCGGAAAAGCAGGUGACCGCCGUCAGCAAUGCCCACGAUGGCAGCGUCAACUGCAUCAAAUUCGUCGACAGCCGUACCUUUGCGUCCUGCUCGGACGACACCACGGUUGCGCUGUGGGACGCGCGCAACCUCUCGACCAAGCUGCGCACGCUGCGCGGCCACAGCGGCUGGGUGAAGAACAUCGAGUACGCGAAGGGUGCCGGCGUGCUGCUCUCCUCCGGGCUGGACGGGCUGGUGUACGCCUGGGAGCUGAACAACAGCACCGAGCAGGGCUGCACCUACCAGCGGCUGCUGUACAUGCCCGGGCUGAUGCGGUGCCGGCUCGCGCCGGACGAAUCGCGGCUAGUGCUCUGCACCGGCACCGGCUACCUGAUGCUGGUGCACGACCUCGACCUGGCCAGCCUGGCCGGUGAUCUCGUCGACUUUCGCCCAAACAUACAACGACUGAACCUGAUGCGCAAGCAACGGGUCCCGCUGGGCGCACGCAAGACUCCCGCGGUCUCCCACAGAAGAAAGAGAAAUCGUAUCGAGUUUGUGAGCGACUUUCCACCCGGCGACGAUGCGGAAAUGAUUAGCGGCUUGACGCUACAUCCUCAAGGUUGGUGUGCUCUUAGUAGAAAUAUUUCAUACGACGAAAAAACAGAGUGGUCUGUAGUGCACGAUAUACAAAGCUGGAGCGAGACUGAGGAUGAAUCGGACACGGAGAAGGAGGAAUCGGAUGCACUGAACGCGGAGGAUAGCCAAGAGCCCGAGCAGGAAGAUGCGUCCCACCAGGAGCGAAGCAACUGCAACCGAUCGAUGGAGGGUUUCGGGCGAGAUCCUAAGCGAGAACCAAGCGAAACGGUGCUAACGGAAGCGACAUGGUGCAACGGAGCUACCGAGCGGAAUGUGAUCAACAAUGCCUUUCCCAGUCACUCCGGUGCUCCGUGCCCCAGACUUGCUGAAGUCCCGAUGCAACCCACCAUAAGACUGUCGCCGCCCGCCAAGGGAGGUCGGGCCGGGUCCGCGUGGUCGGAACCGGUAGCCAGCAAGCGAACGGCCGGGCACGGUACGGACGGAACCGGCACCCGGCUGCUCUACUACAUCCAGGAGUCGAACAAGGUGGAGGGUUACAUGCGGGAGGCGUGCUUCUCGCCGGACGGGCGGGUCAUCUGUUCGCCGCACGAUGGUUACGGCGUGCGGUUGCUGGCGUUCAACGAGCAGUGCAACGAGAUGCGGUACGCGCGCCAGUGUCUGGCGAGCGGCAGCGAACCGGCACCGCUGCGGGAGCUCAGGUACAAGCCGUGCUAUCCGCACGUGGUCAUCAGCAGCCAGUUCAGUCCCCGGUUUCCGCUGCUCGUGACUGGGUGUCUGCUCGGGAAUGUGGUCUGGAAUCUGCCAGUGUUAAGCUAGGGCUGUGUCUUUGGCCGUUAAGCGCUUGUGGAGCGCCGGUACUGAAUUGAAGUAUACGAGAAGAACACAGUGGGAGAAGGGAAGAGGGGAAGGUAGGAGCGAGGGUUUGGGAAAAUGAAAAAUAAAUCGUGGAAAAAACAACCAAUGUACAAAAACAAA